UGUGUUUCAUCACUGAGACGAUGGCCUGGCAGCUCUGCACAGCCUGCAUCCUGCUCUGCUGCCCCGCCCUGCUGCAAGCCAGGGCUUCAGAGUACCAGCUGGAGUCGCAGACGCUGAGCCGAUGCGAGUUACUGCGGAGCGUCGCCACGGAAACCAAGCAGGGAGACGUUCCUCACUGCUCAGAGGACGGCAGCUUUAGACCUGUGCAGUGCAGCGGGCAGAAUCAGGAGUGUUGGUGUGUUGACUCCGGGGGUCAAGAGGUCAUCGGGACUCGAACCAACAACUCUGCUCCUCACUGUCCGACUCCCUGCCAGCUUCAGUCGCUGCUGCAAUGCUCCCCAUCUGGCCUCUUUGAGUCGGUUCAGUGCGACUCCAGCAGGGGGCAGUGUUGGUGCGUGGACCAGGAUGGUAUGGAGCUGUACGGGACCAGACAGAAUGGGAGACCCCAGCGCUGUCCCGGCAGCUGUGAGGUGAGAUCCAGACGUCUCCUUCACUCCUCGGCUUCUUCUCCCCCUCAGUGUGCGGCAGACGGCAGCUUCCUUCCAGUUCAGUGUAAAUUCAUCAACACGACGGACCGAAUGGAGCUGGAUCUGCUGCACGCCUUCAGCAGAUCUCCUGAGGCCUUUGAGACGUUCAGCAACUUCAGGAGGUUUUUCCCACUGGUGUCCUCGUACUGCUUCUGCUCGGACAGCCGUGGCAGAGAGCUGCAGGGAACAGGUGUGGAGCUCUUCAUGUCUGAGGUGUACGACUCGGCAUUUCCUCGUCUGCAUUCUCCUCGAUCCUUCUCUGAAACCAACAUCUACAGAGUCCUGCAAAGGAGGAUGCUGGGAGUUCGCCUCGCCCUCACCGGACACUUCAGAUGUCCGUCUGCUUGUGAGGAGGAGAGGCGCGUGGCCAUGGAGUCAUCCAGCGUUUUCGUCCCCUCCUGUGAAGCGGGAGGCUCGUUCAGGUCUAAGCAGUGUCAGCAGGGGGCGCAGUGCUGGUGUGUCGACCCAAAAGGAAGGGAGAUUCCUGGGACACGGCGGCUCGGAGACUCCCUGCUCUGCGGUUCUGGUUCUGCUGACUGUCUCACUCGGCGCCGUCUGGCUCUGUCUCAGCUCUUCUCGGGUCCCAUCCAUGCUCCGGCAGAUACCUCCUCCGGUGGCGCAUCUCCAGCGGCUUGUCCCGCCCUCCUUCGUCCUCUCAGGGACCUUGUGUCGGUCGAGGAGGAUCCAAUCUCUGUCCUUUUCCCUUUAAUUGAAGUUCUCCAGGGUUUAUUUCCCUCAGUGGGCGGAGCCUUAGAGGCUCUAACACGCGCCACACCCCGCCGCCUCCAGGAGAAUCUGUUUGGGGGGAAAUUCCUGAAGAACGCUGCAGAUUUUAACUUCAGUGGGGUGGUGGGAACCAGAGGAGCUCUCAGUUUGGACCAGCUGACCCCUCAGAACCUCAAUCUGUUGAAGAACCGCGACCUUGUCCGGUCUGUGAGUCGAGCCCUGGAGGAUCCUGCCUUCCUGUCUGCCCUCAAGGAAACACUGAAGAGUGCCAACAGCGCCCCCUCUGGGUCACUGCAGCAGGUCCUGAAUCCUGUUCUGAGUUCCUGCUCUGAGGAAGGAGAGGAUGAGUCGGCAGCCAUCUUUAUCCCCCGCUGUACGGCCAGCGGCGGCUUCCAGCAGGUCCAGUGUCGGGGUUCACAGUGCUGGUGUGUCGACUCUCAGGGUCAGGAGGUUCCAGGUUCUCGAACCGCCGGCCAUCCAUCCCGAUGUCCGUCCCGCUGCGAGACGGAGCGCGCCACAGCUUUGAAGGUGAAAUCCAACAUGGCCGCUGGCGCUGAGAUUUACAUCCCAGCAUGCUCAGAGGAUGGAGGCUUCCUGCCGCUUCAGUGCGUCGGACCGCGCUGCUUCUGUGUGGAUGCUGAGGGGAGGAGGAUGGCUGCCGGUCCAACAGGGGGCGCUGUCACCUGUCCAGAGAACCAAACACUGAAGCUGCAGCCGUCUGAAGGUCCCUGCUCCAAGGCGCUCGCUGAGGUCACUGCAUUCAGACAGGAAGUGCAGAGCUUCAUCACCCUCUCUAACUCCUCCCACUUCCCUGUGGGAUAUGGAUUUCUAUUGGCCGAAGGUCUGAGCCUGACGGCCGAGGAGCUGCAGAGGAGCCAAUUAGAGGAGGAGUUGAAGGUGUCUGAGCGGCUGCUGAGUCGCUCCAGAUCUGCGCUCCGAUUGGCUGCUUUCUCCACUGUGCAAAUGCUGCUUCCUCCUCAUGGUCGGUCCUACCAGCUCUUCACUCCACAGUGUGACGCUGAGGGAAACUGGAGGCCCACUCAGUGCCACCGCAGCACAGGUCAGUGUUGGUGUGUGAAUGAAGAAGGAGACUACAUCCCAGGAUCUCUGAGCAGGCGGUCCCUCCGCCUGCCGCAGUGUCCGACUCGCUGUCAGAGAGCAGAGGCUCUCUCUCUGCUUUCCGAUUGGAUGAAAGCCGCUGACAUCACUUCCUCCCCAUCUUACCGCCCACGGUGUAAGCAGGACGGACGCUUCUCCGUGCUGCAGACAGAAGGCGCUGUAGGCUGGUGUGUGAGCCCGCUGAAAGGAGAGACGUUAAAACCAGCAACGCGAGGUGGUGUGGGGGAGCUGACGUGUCCCAGCUGGUGUGAGCUGCAAGGUCUCCAGUGUCACCCUGAUGGUUCCUUUGCCCCGCUGCAGUGUGAUGUCACUUCCUGCUGGUGUGUUUCUGAGGGUGGACAGGAAGUGGCUGGGACUCGGAUACUUCGACGGACGGGACGCACGCCAUCAUGUGACCGUCCUCUUUGUCCUGCCCCCAACAUUACCCAUGGUGCAUUGCUGUGCCGUCCAGGAGCUGCUGGACAACAAAACUGUGACCUCAUCUGUCACCAUGGUUACCAGAACUCACUUCCUGUUAGCAGCUUUGUCUGCAUUGCUGAGAGUCGUCAGUGGGGAGAAGACAGACCUUUGAGAGGAGCCUGUCAGAUCUCUCAGCCUCUGCAGACGGUGUCGUUCUCUCAGCAAUGGGCGCUCCUGCUGUCCUGCUCUCAGACGGACGAUUUAAAGUCAUUGUUGUUCAACAUGCUGACCAGCAGGGCGCUCUGCUCUGCUCAGACCGCAUCCGGCCAAACGGUGGCACUAUGUGACGAGUCGUCUGUGGGACUGAGAUGUGAUGAUGCCGACUCUGUGACUUUAACGCUCAGGUGGACUGUGGCCCUCGCUGACCUCCAAACCUCUGACCUCCCUCACCUCCAUGAUAUCACGACCUUCUUAAAUGAGUCCAGACUCUUGGAUGGUGUUCAGGGAAUUCUGGGUAACCUCCGCUCCUCCCUGACCUCUGAUCCCAAACUGAUUUCCGUGAUGCCACCAAGCUUCGGCUGUUCCCAUGGUUACCACCUGGACAGUGAUGGAGAAGGCUGCUUGGUUUGUCCUGCUGGUACCUUCUUCCAGCAGGGGGCGUGUCUUCCAUGUCCUCAAGGAACCUAUCAGGAGGAACAGGGGCGGGGCUUCUGCAACAAGUGUUCAAGAGGCUCCUCCCCUGCAGGCGCUUCAUCAGCCAAUCAGUGUGAGACGGACUGUGAGAGGCGGGGUCUGCGGUGUUCAGAGCGAGGAGAGUUUCUGCCAGCUCAGCCAGACUUCCUGUCUGGCAGGUGGAAGUGUUUCAGCAGGGAGGGGGCGGAGCUUGACUGGACCACCAGUGAAAAGCCUCUGACAGAUGAGGAUUGCUCAGUUCUCAGAAGGUUCCAGACUGUUCCUGGAUCAGAUGUAAUGUUUGGAAGUGAAAACACUGACGUCCUCAAGACAAUGACCUCUGACCUCACUACCUGUGUCCAUGCCUGUGCUGCAGAGCCGUCCUGCCACCAUGUGGUUCUGUUCGACAGCCAGAGGCAGUGUGAGCUGUACAGCACACACACAAUGAACACCGUCUGCAAUGCCUCCCGGCAGGGCAGCGGGUUUCUGGGUAACCCUGAAGCAGAGCGGUUCCAUCAGCUGAGUUGUUCUCUGAAAGUGAGGGGCGGAGCUUCAGGACGGCUCGUCCUCAGGAAAGACGGGGCGGGGCUUCCCUUGAUGAAGACGAGGAUGAGGAAGGUGGUCUCAGGUGUAUUCAGGACUCAGGUGUUCUCCUCCAGAACCACGUCUCUGUCCGACGCUCAUCGCUUCUGUCAGGACGGCUGCAGCCGGGACGCCUGCUGCGACGGAUUCAUCCUGAACCAGAACGUCCUGGAUGGAGGUUCCCUCCUCUGUGGUUGGCUGAGAGCUCCGUCGGUUCUGAUGUGUGAGGAUCAGGACUGGGACGUGAUUGGACAGGGACCAGCCAAUAGAACCUGUGGGGCGGGGCUUACCUACAACGAACUGCAGCGAAGCUUCUUGUUCGACUUCGGAGGAGAAAAGUUCACUAUCACUGAUGACGCUCUGCCCGCCGACAGCAAGAAUAAAAAGGACUAUCAGGCCUCCAUCAUCAGCUUCCAGGCCAUCUACCUGCACACAGAGUCAGAGGCCGCUGGUUCCGGAUCUACUUCCUGCCCUGCAGCAGAGCUUCCUGCUCCUCUGAAUGCGUCCGUGCUGCUGAGGUUCCAGCCGCUGUCCAAUGAUGACAUCAUCGUGGAUCCUCAGAGGAAACUCCCCGUUCUCUCCUUCUGGCUCAGUAAAAACCACUACAGUUCCCAGCAGGCGCAGCUCUGGUGUCUCACACGUUGUGAUGAAGAGCAGCAGUGCGCUGUCGCCGACCUCAGAGAUGCAGAAUCAGAUGUUUUCUUCCGCUGCUCUUUGCACCCUGACACCAGAGUCUGUGGAGCCUACGACCAGCCAAGAAAACAAUCCUGCCGCCCCCUGCUGGCCGUGUUACCAAACAACACCUACAGCAAGCUGGUGGAUCUGAGCGGUCCAGUUCAGAGUUUCUAUGAACGGGUUCCCUUCCAGAAGAUGGUCUCCUACUCUGUGAGGAACCGGGUCACCCUGAGAGACACCCGGCAACUGUCAGAGAGGUUCAUGGACUGUGAGCGCCGCUGUGACCAGGACCCCUGCUGCCGUGGUUUUGGGUUCGUCCGUGAAACCCAAUCAGGAGAUCUGGUGUGUCUACCUCUGAUCAGUCUGGGAGUUCAAACUUGCAGCGAAAACGACGCCACGACCUGGAGGAUACAGGACUGCACACAGUCCGAUGCAGAGACCACGCCGGAACCGUUCGGCUGGUACCAGAAACCAGUCAAUCAGUGGACGUCUUCUCCAGCUCUGUGUCCCACGUUCAGCCUCAGGAACCCCAGGAACAACGUCUCGAUGGAUGAUUGGCGGCUCCUCUCCGACUCUUCGCUUCUGGUUGAUUCGUCUCUCUCUACCUAUAACGUCAUCCACGUGAGCCGUGACAUUGCCACCGACCAGGAAAAGACCAGAAACUGGUGUCUCCAUGCCUGCCAGGAGGCGGAGUCUUGUGUCACCGUGUCAAUCAGCGACGCCGAGUCCGCUGUACGCUGCAUCCUGUACCCCGAUACCACAACCUGCGGAUUAGGCUCCGCCCCUGGCUCCUCUGGCUCAGCCGCCUCAUGCAGAUUAGUGAUCAGAGAGCCCGCCCCUCAGGUCUACCUGAUGACAGAGCGAUCAGCACAGGCUACAUCCAUCUUUGUUCCCGGUCAUGGGAUGCUGCAGGGCGUCACCAUGGAAACAACAGUUGGUUCAGACAUGAGGAAAGUGAUUCAGUUCCUAGGAGUCCCAUAUGCCCGGCCACCAAUAGGACCACUUCGCUUUGAGGCGGCGCAACCAGCUGAUUGGACAGGAACAUGGGACGCCACCAAACCCAGGGCCAGCUGCGUCCAGCCUGGCGAUGAAGAGUCCAGAGCUUCCAGUGAGGAUUGUCUCUACCUGAACAUCUUCACACCUGCUGCUCUGAGGGGACGUGUCCCGGUUCUUGUUUACUUCUUCAACCCUCCAAGCAACCAGAACCUGCUGGAUGGCUCCGCCCUCGCCGCUCUGGGUAACAUCGUCGUGGUUACAGCCAGCUAUCGGACCGCAGCGCUGGGUUUCCUGACUGCAGGUGAUCUCCAUGGUAACUACGGCCUGUCGGACCAGCAGGCGGCACUUCGUUGGGUCAAUGCCCACAUUUCCCUGGUUGGCGGAGACAACAGGAGUGUGACAGUGGGGGCAGAGCGUUGCGGUGCUGACAUCAGCAGCCUUCAUCUUCUUUCCUCUGCUCCUUUGUUCCAGCGAAUGAUCCUGAUGGGAGGUUCUGUUUUCUCUCCAUCUUUGGUCCAAACUCCUGCCGCCUCCAGAAGGCAGGCGAUCGAAUUGGCUCGAGAACUGGGUUGUGUGAACUCUGACCUCAUUGACGAAGGUCUAAUGGUCGCCUGCCUCAGAUCGACUCCUGUCCACAAACUAAACGCCGCUCAGACCAAACUGUUGGCGGUGAGCGGUCCGUUCCAGUCCUGGUCUCCAGUCCAGGGUUCUGUCUCCGAGUCCACCUCCUUCCACAGAGUUGAUUUGUUGCUGGGAACAUCGGAGCAUGAUGGUCUGAUCAGCAGGGCUCGAAGGAUAAAGGACUUCGAGGCUCUGCAGGGUCGAGCUGAUGGGAAGACGGCGUUCUACGAGGCUCUGAGUCGGUCCCUGGGUGGAACAUCAGGAAAUGAGCUGUUGAAGGAGGCGGCAACCUGGUUCUACUCUCUGGAUCACAACCCGUCAGCCGCUGGUUACAACCUGUUCUCCAGAGCACUCAACAAUGCCACCAGAGAUCAGUUCAUCAUCUGUCCCUCAGUGCAGAUGGCUCGCCACUGGGCCGCCAGUGGAGCCAACGUCUUCCUGUACCACCAACCCGCCUCCAGCGCUCAGGACAGAGCCGAUAUCUCCGUUCCUUUGGACGUUCAGUUGAUGUUUGGGGUUCCACUUCAGCCAAUCAGCUCUCAGCGUUUUACCUCCUCAGACCGCCACCUUUCUUUGGCUGCCAUGACCUACAUCUCCAGCUUCACGCGGACCGGGAACCCGAACCCAUCCCGUGUGUGGAUGGACUCAGUUCUGCCUCGCUGGCAGCCGGUCUCCACCUCUGAUGCUCCACCCACCUACCUGGAAUUAAGCCCCGCCCUCCGGCAUCGACAGAGUCUGAGGCAGAACUCCUGUUCUUUCUGGAGCCAACUGGGAACCAGACUGACCAGUCAAACAGGUGAGUCGGGGGCGGAGCCCGUCCAGACCGCGUUGACCCCUGAGCUCCCACUGGCUGCGCCCUCCAGCCAAUCACUGACAAAGAAGGACGCCUACAACUGAUGUCAUCAUCAGCAAAGAAGACAGAAAAUCACUCUACAUUUCCCAUAAUUCAGUUUGAUUCACACGUUUCUGCGGCUCUUUUCUGUUCCCAAUCAUCAAUAAACGCAUCAUAAAGAAAA